UAGACCUUAUAUGGUAUAGCGUAGUACCCUCCCCCUUAGACCAAAGUACUCCCUGUAGUAUAGUACCCUUUCAACUUCACGAAUUGGUAAAAUACCCAGGUACUUUAGUCAACCGUUUACGGUAA